UCCAAAUUUUUUUUUAGAUAUUUUUAUUAAUUUAAGCUACAGUAAUAGUAUUUGUUACUUUUUCAUAUUGAAAGUGUAGAUAUCAAAUUUUCAACAUGCAAAAAAGGGGUAGCUCAAAGCAGUUGGCUGCUGUUCAAAUGUCAGUGUCCAAACAGAUACGAGUUCUUCCCACCACUCCAACAUCUUUACCGUUGGUUGAUAAAAACAUAUUCAAUGGAAGACCAGAAGGUAUAUUACCAGAUAGUGUUUGGGUGCAAGUGGAAUCACAACCAGCACAGUCUAUGGCAGUGCAUGAUGCAAUCAUUGAACAACGAAAGAUCGACAAAGUUAUCGAAGAGAAAGAAAUGAAAUUGAAAGAGUUUCAACGAAAUGUACAGAAGAGGGUGACUCAGAUUAGUAGAGCCCAAAGACAUGUUGCCACAAAGGCACAAUCAGAAAAUAUGAAAGAGGAACAAGAAAUUUUAUAUCGAAGUGUAGCUGCAGCUGAGAAUUUAACGCCUAAAAAGAAUAGAUGUACAUAUAAUAUUAAUCAAGUUACCAUCGAUGCAUCUGGUAAACUGACAGCCCAUUACAAACAUGAAUAUCCUACUGAAAAAGGUGCAACUGCUCUUGUAAAACAAUCAUCUGAGAUAGAAAGACUACACAGGAAAGCAAGGAAGAAUCUGAUUGAGCGCAGUUUUGUUAGAUCUCAAGAAAAUGACCCAGAUGGAGACAGUGAAGAAGAAAAAGGGUUACCUGGAGGGUUUUGGGGCACAAGUGCAACUAGAGAUAAAUCUGCUCGGAUGCUUUCACCGACGAAACAUCCUUCAUACAAUGUUGACAAUGAUAAUCCAGAUUCUAAUGAAGAUCAUCCUCAAACUAUAACUGCAAUCUCUGCACCACAUGAUAUUGCCAUUGCUGCUGUAACAGAAGGUAUUGGAUCAUCACCAGCCAUCAAAUCAAAAUUACAGAGAAAUAUUGAAGCAAUUGCAACCAAUUUACCAACUGCUUUAAGACUUGAAGACAAUGAUGAUGACAAUAAAGAAAAUGAAGAAGACAUGAAAACUGAGGAACAGGAGUUCUAUUCUGUACCUGCUUCAUCGCUUGCCCCAAGCUCAGUUUAUUUUAAAUCCGGAGUUGAAGGACAGUGGAGAAGACAAGAAGUCAUUCCAUGUGAGAAUCAUUCCCCAAAACAAGUGGCAAUUACCAGAAUGGGAAAGAAUUUAUUAAGAGAAUCUGAUGUUGCCAUCAAACAACACAAAUGUCAUUCAACAAACAUGCAAGAAAAAAGUGAAUAUCCUGUAGCUGCUCCUGGUGUUGUUGAACAUGAAAGAAAGAAAAUGGAUGAAAGGAGCAGAUUGUUGUCAAGACGAGUUUUCUCAGACAUGGAAAGAGAGAAAGUUCGAGAAGAAAGACGAAGGAGAGAACACAAGUGUAAAGUAGAAAGACUUCGUGCAGAGAAAGAAGCUGCCCGCGAACAACUAGAAAAAGAACAUGAUGGGAGAAUCCAUGCUGCUGCAGCAAAAAUUGAGCAACGUAAAAUUGCAAAAGACAUGAAGGAGAAACGAAAAGCCAAAAAAGAGAAAGAUAAAAUUGAAAAGCAGAAGCGAAUAGAAAGAUUUGCAACUGCAAUAAAAGCUCAAAUUCAAGAAAGGCUUGAAAUGAAUCGAAUAACACUUCCUCCACUUUGCUGCUGUUCAAGAACAUUCUGGGGAACAAAUCCAUAUACAUGUGCAAACAAUUGCCUGUUCUACAGAAAUAUGGAAGCAUACACUGUUGCGCUUCAAUCCGUAUUAUCAACCAUGGAAAGAGGGAUGAAAACAAGCAAACAUGAAAAGAUGGAUCACAGUGUGAUAUCAUUGCUUCUGACUGAUGAUUGAAGAGUCGAGAAUGCAACAUUAGCAAGAAAUUAUAGAUUUGUGUAUCAUGUAGAUGUGUGUAGUAUUUAGAAUUAAAUAUAUGUUUUGUAUCA